UCAGCUUUUAACAUUUUCUCUCACGCUAAUAAACUGUCUAAAACGUUUUAGAUAGACAAGCAAACCAUAGUUGUUGGUGGUUGUUGCCUAGGGGAGCAAGAAACGGAGCAAAGCAAACCCAGUUCAGUAGUCAACAUAAAGUGACACGUUUAAUUAGAGAAUCAAAUGAUAGUAUAGGCUAAGUAUAGGCUAACGUUAGUUCAUGAGCCAUUGGGCCGUCGGGCAUACUUGUGUGAUGAUGUCUCAUUGUGAUUUUUUUGUGAUUUUUUUAAAUGUCCCAGUGUUGUGCGAAAGCAUUGGGAGCUUGCUGUGUGUUAUCGCUCUUUCUUUCUUCCCUAAGUUACCUCUUAACAUGGCUGGCAAAACUUCAAACGUUACAAUUUGUCAACACGUGCGAAAAAUGUGCUACAGAGGUAAGGUUAGAUAGUAGUCCUCUGUUAUUUUCAAGGUUCUGAACAAAGUGUUGAGUUUGCUAACUAAUUCUCCACAACAAGUAAAGUUGAAGGCAAUGUCAGCUUCUGACAGCUAACGUUAUCAACUAAGCCUAAGAAAUGUGUGAAAAUAUCGCGAAUAUUCUAUUCUGAAUAUGUCAUUUAGCUUUUGAUACAGAGGUUUUGCAAGAAGUGAACAAGCAGCCACCGGUAAAGUAAACAUCUGUGCACACCUACUGUACUGUAAUGAAAGCAGCAUACUGACAGUGACAGUUAAACUACAACCAAGCUCUCAACUUUUUCCUCAGCACACCAGUACAAAAUGGAAGGUAAAAAGGGACCUGAGCACGGAAAGACUUAUGUCAGGUUAAAGGAUGAACACAGGAAACCCUGUCCACUAAAACCAGAGGUUGGUUUAAGCCUGUGGGACGCCGCUGAAUCGGACACAGAGAGCUUGGUCCAGGAGAGGGACUACCAGCUUGAGCUUCAGAGGCGAAUUGGUGUCGAGUCUGGUGACCAAAAAAUGACACAACCCCAAGAGGAAGACACAGAUGGCUCAUGUCUAGAUGAGGGGGAACUUCAUGUCUAUGAUAGUCUCGAGGUAUCAGCACUCAGGCAGAACAAAAAGAACAUCCAGCAGCAGAGCAGAGACAAAGAGGUGUCCAGACAGAUGCACUACGAUGACACCUACGCAGAAUUGCGCUACGAUCCCAACUGGAGGACUAAUCUUGAGGGAGCUCGACAGUUCGACAAGAUGACCCCACCACUUCCCCUCGAGGAAGAAUCCUACAACUCGGAUGAACAAUCUGAGGAGAGCCAUAGCGAGAGAGGACAGGAGCUUUCAGGGAGUGGAGGAUACAGAUACAUAUUUUCCUGCAGUCCAGAUCUUGCAGAGAGUAUGACUCCAGAAAUCACAAGUAACGAACUUCAAUCUAAACACCCCCUAACAUCUUACCACCUCCCCCCACUGCAGAAUCAAGUUAUCAGAGAGGUUUCACCUGCAUUUUCCUACCACCUUCAUCAGAACCAAGUUAGAGGGGAUAGCUUGCCAGAGUCCACCCACCCAAGUCCUGGUGUGCCAUCUGAAAAAGCCAUGGAAAGAAACCCACACCAGAGAGUCAAGGCCAACCGAGGUAUGAGGAAUCCAACCAAUGCCACUGGUGGUGAAAUCCAAGCUAGCUUUCCUGACCUGGAAGACCGUUACAGGGAGACACAUGACAGAUAUGAUAGAGCUUUUCAGAUUUACUACAAUCAAGAGCAGUACGGACAGGCUAGUGGGACAGUGGCCGAGAAACAGUUACAGAAUUCGAUGUCCUCUAAAUCAAAGGGUUCGCGGCACUUGUCCAGCAGAAAGCCAGACAUACCAAGGGAGGACAUCAUUGAACGCAACAGAGUGACACUGGGGAUCAACGCAGCCAAACAGGGCUCGUACCUGAGGGCACAUGCACAACAGAAGGAGGUGAAAUCAGACAGCCAAAAUCAGGUUUGCGAUACUACAGAGGAGAUUACCAUUGGUGGGAACCAGGAGGAGGAAAGCCAAGGGGACAAUUCAGACCCGGAGCUGAGGUGGCUCCAGAAAACCCAGCAACUCAAGGUAACUCAGAUCUCCAAAGAAAAGCAAGCUCAGCAGAGAGUGAAUCCCAAACCCCCCAGUGAGAAGAGACUCCUGGCUCAGGGGGUCAAAGCCAGGCCAAGAGACUGCUACCUGAGCCCCCUCACCGACACCACCAGACCUGCAGCCAGGACCCAGGCUCACUCCCACCCCCACCACCAACCCCAGCACUUACCCCACCUCCAGGCACUCAGUGACACAGAUUCCCAGUCUAGCAUACUGGACACCCAGCCAAACCAGCCCCAAUGCAUCCCCUUAACACAGUCCCCCACCAUCCACCUCAACAUCAACACGUUGUCCAAGUUCCUCGCUUUUAUGCACUGCAAUCACCAGGACGCCGUUCUCACCAUACCCAAGCCCUGUAGUGGCCCCAGCCCCCAAAUGAAGCCACAGUCUAUAGACGGAUACAGCCCUAACGCCAAUGUACCACUUAGGAACACCAUCCUGGUAAACCCUUACUCCCACCCAGGCCCUCACCCCUGUCCCCAAGACCACGGUUCAUUACAGCUGGCUUUGGUUCCACAGGCUGAUGUGUCUCCACUGUGUCCAGGUCGGGGCUCUCGCAGCAGUCAGGGCUUCCCAGGGAUGCCCCCUCUCUGCCAGGGCAGCAGAGAACCACCGCAUCUCUGGCACCAGGAGAACGCCCCAUUGCAGCGUGAAAACCACAUUGUCCUGCAGUAUGAUGAUGAGGAUAGUCACAGGUCUACUUACACCGCAGAGACAAAAUACUCCUCCUGCUCCUACACAGUGCUGCCCCCUAUAGGUAAAAGAACGACGGGAGACACUGAGCUAGGCCAUGACAGAGCUGCACAGAGAUUCACCUCCAUGCAGAGAAGCAGCUCUGAGGCCUACCUGGCACAGAUGAGGAGAGAGAAACAACUGAAAGAGAGAGUAAUUUACAAGGCCUACACCCUGAAGGACUAUAAGCAGCUGAAGCAGGACGUUUAUCUUGGAGGCCUUGGGCCUGAUUACACCACCACAGAAAUUACAGCCGAGAAAAUGAGACGACAGAAGCUGUAUUCAAAUGUGAUCCGCGAGCAGAACAAGAAGAUAAGUAGGAUUCCCUUUCUGCCAGCCGCCAGGAACGCAGUGGGCAGCAACAACAAGGACAACAUGGUUCCUAGGAGGAAGGCCCUGGAGUACGCCAGGAGCAUCCUGAGGCCCAAGGUAUUGCCCCAGGCCCAGCAGCCCAAGACCAGAGAGCCAGAGAGAGCCCAGGGGUCCCUUAGGGGCAACACUCGCCUCCGGGAGGGCCUCGACCUAUCCCAGCUGGCCACAGUGGAGGCCCUGAGGAAACGGCACGAGCAGGAGAAACAGACUGUGGCCAAUGUGGUGCAUGCCAUCUGACACAGCACCGGCCCAUUCACUUUACAGCACACUGGAGUCACCCAACUGGAGUCACCCUUAAAGCUGACAUGGCUGUUUGACUUUUGAAGAAACUCAGCAUAUGGACUAUAUAGACAAUAUGGAGGAAUAAGCAGGGGAUUAGUGCAGCAAUCAUUCAUUAAUGCUUGUGUCUAUAAUUGCAGUUUGAGGUGUUACAGUGUAGCCUGUCUUUUUGUGGUUGAUGACAUAAGCAUUUACUGUAUGAAAGUUUUUAACAACUAGUGUUGCUGUUAAACAUAGCUUACGUGUUUCAUCAUAUGAUUUGAUGCACUUAAACCAUAGGUAAACAUGGUACUUAUUCAGUACCAUACCGUAACUUACACUAUAGGCAAACAUAGUACUGUAAUCCCAAACCAAGUGGAUUUUUUUAGCUUGCAGUUGAUAAUAAGGUAAUAUAUUGAUGUUUGAAUAAUAUGCAAAUGGUUUGUACACAUUUCAGAUAAAUCAUGCUCUGGCUAUUGAUGAAUCCUCAAGUACUUGAAUAUCUCUCUGCUAAUAUUCUUAACCUUACAAUUGCUCAUGAGUCAUGACCUGAGUGAACAUGACCUGAAAAUGUCUAAUACAGUACAGCUGCUCAAGUCAAUUCAGGCAUAACACAUAUGGUUUGUUGUUGUAGUACAAUAUUACACAUAUUAGUACAAUAUCACACAUAAUAGUGCAAUAUUACAAUCUGAGAGAACAUGUACACCUAAAGCUUGUAGGUUGUUUGAUGACAAGGAGUAGGCAACUGAGUAAAAAUACUGUGGGUAGACCAUUGGUACUUUUUUUGGGAAACAGUACAGUGUACUCCACCUGUUUUUCUCUGUUGUUUUGAUUGCACUUGACAUUGAAACAUCCACUGUAAAUUCAACAAUACGUCAUUAAAUCAAAAAGCUUCCGGUA